AUGUCAGAACCAUAUAAGCCAUCUACAUUAAAACAUGGAGAGGAACUAUGCCAAGAAUUGGCAUCAAACAAUUCAAUUGAUUCAGUUGGUAUUUUGGAUGAUGAAGGAAAUACUAUCGCAUCAAAAGGAUUUAAUAUUACACCACAAGAAUUCAAAGAUAUUAAAUACAUUUUAAUAAAUGAUAAACCAGAUUAUAAAUUGGGAACAAUUACCAUCAACAAUGUGACAUAUAAUGAAUUAACAAAGUAUAGUGAUGGCCUAUAUUAUGCAAAAGCUGGAGAAACUGGUUGUGUAAUUGCUAAAAAUAUUAAAUCUCUUAUUGUAGCUACAUUACAUUGUAAACACACAUCUUCUUUAUUUGACGCAUGUGAAAAAAUAAAAUCGACAUCUCAAUUUAUUAAGUUUGAUGGAUAUUAA